AUGAAUACCGAAAUUGAUUUGAAGCAAAAUAUAGGCAGCGUUAAAAUAAAUGUGGAUGGCAUAAGAAAAAUAAAAAAAAAGAAUUUGAAUUUUUUAUUUGAUGAAAUAAAAAAGAGCAGUAAUAUUGAGGAUUUAUUCCUGAACAUAUCGAAAUGUAAUGGGAAGAUAAAUACUUUGAGUAUAUUUGAUGGGGAUCCUGAUGUAAAAUUACGAAGUAUUGUAAACAGAAAUAUUACGAUAGAUUAUAUAUUAAAGGAAAAAAAAAAUAAUUAUAUGAUAGGUACAAAUGUUAAUAAUAGAGGAGAAAUAACAGUAGAUUUCGAUAUGAAUAUACCUUAUAUAUUAAAAACUAUUAAUAGUAUUGAACUGAAAGCUAACAUAAAUAGUUUAUAUACCAACAAUUUUGCUGUUCGUUUUUUAAUACCAUAUAUAUAUUUUAUAAAAAAUGGAAAACUCAUUUUUGAAAGUAAUAUAAGUAGUCUUAACAAUACAAAAUGUGCAUCAUACAUUGUUAAGACAAAUUCAUUGAAAACAUUUCUAUUAAGGGAUAACCACUCUUUUACAUGGGAGGUUAACUUUAAUAAAAUAUAUCAUAAAAUAAAUAAAAAUUUUAUACCUUCCAAUAAAAUUCUUCAAUUGCAAGAUAAUCAUAUUAAACAUACUAUUAAACAUAAUUAUAAAAAAGACAGACUUAAUUAUAUGAUAAAUAAUGGAAAAGAGGAUAAAAAAUUUUAUUACACUCUUUAUCCCACGUCAGGUUAUUACUACGAAAUUGAAAAUGAAAUUUCUUUGCCAUUUUGUGAAAGCAAAUUUUUUAAAAAUCAUUUAAAUUUUUUGUACGUACAAAAAAUACUCCAAAAUUUUUAUUCAUACAUUAAUUUUAGCAAUGGAAUGAAGUAUGAUUAUAAUAAAGAUAAAUGUUGUUAUAUAAAUAAAUUUAAUUUUACUGGUAGUAUAGGUAGUUCUUUAAUAUUUCGAGGAUUUGAACAUAAUAGUAUUGGAAAUGCAGAGAAGUGUUUUAAAUUUAAUAAAAAAAAAAAAAAUUAUGAUAUAAAUUAUAAAUAUUUAGGUGCUAACUUCUUUACUAAUAUUCAAUUUAUCUUUAAAUAUAUUUUUAAUUUUUAUAAUUCCAAACCAAUAUUAUUUUUUUAUGUACAGUUGGGAAAACUUAGUGAUACAUUUUUUUCUUCCAUUACACAAUUAAAAAAAGACACCAGAGUAUCUGCAGGUAUUGGUCUUAUGACUUACAUUCAAAAAAAUAUUUCGCUAGAAUUAUUUUUAAGCUACCCCUUACUGCAUACGCCAACAGAUAAGACCAAGUUAUUUCAAGUAGGCUUAAAUUUUAAGGGCGCCUUGUGA